GUUAUAAACAAAAGGUAGCGGUUGAUGUUGAUGCUCAAGAACAGCACCUUCUCCACUGCUUGGCCUUUUUGCUAACCGUUCGCACCUUUGAACCUUCACCUUCAUCAGCUCAAUUUUAGACACAACGCACAUUAUUAUGAUGUAUUAAAAGUUUUAGCUAUAUGUAGGACGACCCGACCGUGCUGAGCAUGUUGCAACAGGCUCUUGGGUUAAGACGGCCUAACGGCCCACGCCCGUGAUUAGUAACCUCCGAAUGCGAACAAUGGCUCAAUCUGGUGAUUUCCCAGAGUAUGGCGUCGCGGAGCUCUAUGCCGCGACGGGCGGCUUCCACAAGCUGUGCCUUAUCGGCGAAGGCGGGUUUGGCAAGGUAUAUCGGGCCAUGAUCAACUACACUCCGGUGGCAAUAAAGGUGUUGGACCCGCAGGGGCUCCAGGGCAUUGCCGAGUACAAGAACGAGAUCCAGUUGGCCCGCAGCAUCCACCACCCGCACAUUGUACGACUGCUAGGUUUCACAGGCGCAGUGGAGGCCGCGGCUGGGGGGGGAGGGGGAGGGAGUGACGGCGGCACGCAGUGUUUGGUGUACGAGCUGCUCACGAAUGGGAAUUUGGAGGACCGACUGCUCAGAAGGACGGCCCCAACGCCGGCGCUGCUUUGGCCCGUGCGUGUCCGUAUCGCCGCCCAGAUAUCCGACGCUCUUGCCUACCUCCACAGCCUGGGCAUCAUCCACCGCGACAUCAAGCCAGCCAACAUGUUCCUGGACGCCAACAUGGACGCCAAGUUGGGGGACAUCGGGCUGGCGGCGUUGGACGGCUGGCGGGCUGGCGCCAGUCGCGCUCGUGACGACAGCGCUGUGGGGACCUGGGCGUAUCUGGCCCCGGAGUACAAGACUGCGGGAGUGAUCAGCCCCGCCACGGACACCUGGGCCAUGGGUUUGUGCCUGCUGCAGCUGGUGCUGGGGAAAGACCCACGGGACAUUGUACGGCAGGUGCAGGACGUCCUUGACAAGUGCACUUUGCCGGAGGUCGUGGACUCGACUGCUGGUUCCUGGGAUAUGAAGGUGGCGGAGCGCUUGGUAAAGCUGGGCCUUUGGUGUUGCAUGCAUGACGCCCGGCAGAGGCCUGCUGUGUCGGCAGUGGCUCAGGAGCUGGUGCGCAUGGUGGUGGCCUUGCAAAAACAGGGUUUGUUAGAGCCGACGGCUACAUAAGGCCCUGGCCGUCUUUGUAGGAGCAGCAGGUCGUUUAGGCUUAUGUGGCCGCACGCGUUUGAUUAUCGACUGUAAAUUUACUUUCUAG